UUCAUCCUCAUAAACAUGAGUGAAGUUCAGGCUAUGGUAGAAUUCUCCGUGGAGCUCCACAAAUUCUUCAAUGUGGAUUUGUUUCAAAGAGGCUUUUACCAGAUCCGUGCAUCUAUGAAAAUUCCUCCAAGAAUUCCUCACAAAUUAGAAGCCAGCUUGCUACAUGCAACUGGUAAGACAGAUCUUGCCUUUCCUGCUUCCAUCCAUGACAAUGUAGUUUGCAGUAAAACGUUUCAAAUCCUUUACAAAAAUGAGGAAGUUUCUGUCAAUGAUGUGAUGAUUUUCAAAAUCAAAAUGCUGUUAGAUGAGAGGAAGAUUGAAGAGUCUCUGAAUGAAAUGAAUUUUCUGCUAACAUUAGAUCUACACUUCACGGACACAGACUGCUCGCCAGAUGACCUGAGCACACUACAGCCGAUUAGUAGCCGAACAUUAAAGUUGCACUUUAACUUACGCCGGGGCCUUCAUCAUUACGUCAAUGUCAUGUUUGAUUACUUCCACCUCUCUGUCAUAUCGGUUAUAGUCCAUGCUUCUUUGGUUGCUCUGCAUCAGCCCCUGAUAAGUUUCCCUCGCCCAGUGAAGAACACGUGGCUGAACAGGAAUGCACCAGCGCAGAACAGGGACUCCGUGAUUCCUUCUCUUGAGAGCGUGGUCUUUGGCAAUAACUACACAAAACAGUUGUCAGCAGAUGGUUGCAGUUUUGUUGUUUCAGAGUCUUUCCUCAGCCAUGCCUACAAUUUCCACUACACCCUCUGUGCCAGUCUGCUGCUUGCUUUCAAAGGCUUACACAGCUAUUUCAUCAUGGUGACCAAGGAGCUCCCCUCUUCUCACCGUAUUGAACUGGCCAAGGCCAGCAUGCAGGUCCUUUAUGAACGCCUUCUCAGAAGAAAAUAUCCACGACCCCAGAGAGACGCCUACCUAGAAAAGAUAGAUGUAGAAGUUCGGCUUGCAGAACUGUGUGAAGAAGUAAAGAAAAUGGAAAAUCCUGAUGAACUGGCAGAACUUAUAAAUAUGAAUCUUGCUCAGCUUUGCUCACUUCUAAUGGCUCUCUGGGGGCAAUUUCUGGAGGUCAUUACCUUGCAAGAGGAGGUCACAGCACUGCUAGCACAAGAGCAUCACACAUUAAGAGUGCGCAGGUUCGCAGAGGCAUUCUUCUGUCUGGAGCAUCCUAGGCAAGCUGCCCUUGCCUAUCAAGAGCUAAAUGCUCAAAGUCAUCUACAGAUGUGUGCAGCUAUCAAAAACACUUCCUUCUGCAGCUCUCUUCCACCUCUCGCUAUUGAAUGCAGUGAACUAGAUGGAGAUAUGAACUCCCUGCCUAUCAUCUUUGAAGAUCGAUAUUUGGAUUCAGUUACUGAAGAUGUGGAUGUACCCUGGUUGGCAGGUCAGAGCCUUCCAAGGUCAGAGUCCAAUAAACUGGAUAAAUUUGAAGCUGAAGAAAGUUUUGUGGCUGGUUUUACUAGCCCAGAGCUGAAACUGAGACCUGCAGGUGCCUCCAACCUUUGGCAUCCAGAAAGUGAAAAGAUGCUGACAAAAGCUUUGAAAGGGAAAAAUGAAGAUGCAAAUAAAUCCAAAGUUAAGGUUACUAAGCUCAUGAAAACAAUGAAACCUGAAACCACAAAAAAAGUUGUGAAACAGAACUCUAAGGACUCUGUGGUCUUAGUGGGCUACAAAUGCUUGAAAAGUGCAGCACUGGAAGAUGCCUCUAGAAGCUCAGAAGGCAGGCCUUCAUACAAUGCUAGUGAAGGGCUGGACCCUGCAUUAGGUGGAUUUCCUUGUGAUACAAAGACCUGCAGCAGGCAAGCAAGUCAAAGAGAACUUCCAUUUUUGCCAUCUGGAUCUGAGGAAAAGGCUGCCAAGGUGGAAGGUGUCCAACCAGGUCCUCUUAGCCCUGUGCACUGUGAAAACGUGGCUGGUUUUGGUAGACUCACUAUCUCCCAGACUGGUUCUGGAACUGUACAAGCAGAUAGUGCUCUACAGCCCAGAGGUACACUUGAAGGUUGUCAUGGAGGUCAACCAGCUUCCUCAGGAGUCAGGACAAUUGAGGUCAAACCAAGUGCUAAGAAUCCCUACGAAGGGGAGAAGGUCACUGUGCACAUCGGGUCGUGGGCUCAGCUCCCGCAGGACGGAGUGCAGGGAGAGAAUCUGCAGGUACCAAAUAUCCAGUCUUCGGAAUCUGGAAAUAAAUUGACUUCAGGAGAACACGAAGCAGUGCUUGAAAAGGAAGAUGCCCUCCCACACAGCAGUGACAUCUUGACAAGAGUGAAGAGCAAUCAGGCUGCUGCUGCCACAAAGGAAAGUCAGCUUUCGGCGAGCGCAGACAGCACCAAGCUACCGGACGUCAGCGUGACCUGCGCCUCCUCCAGGUUUUCGGAUUCAGGGGUAGAAAGUGAGCCAAGUUCCUUUGCAACUCACCCCAACCCUGACCAGGUGUUUGAAAAUGCUCAAGGGCCAAGUGCACAGAACGGGGAGAGAGCCUUUCCUCAGCUUUUACUCAAGCCAGACUGUGCUGUAAAAGCUGCCCUAGAAAGCCAUUGCACUGAGAGCACCAGCGCGGUGAGUGAAAUCCAGUCGUCCCUGACAUCCAUCAACUCUCUGCCUUCAGAUGAUGAUGAGCUGUCACCUGAGGAGAACUCAAAGAUCUCUGUCAUACCUGAGCGCCAGCUAAGUGACAGUAAAACUGUGUUAGACCCUGGAGCAGCUGACUUGCCAAAGCCUGGUGACAGUAACAGAACCAACAGCACCUUGCAGCAAGAGUGUGUUGCGUUUUCAGGGCCCUCAGAUAACAAAGCUCUCUCUGUACACUCCUCUCUCUCAGGAACUAAAGACCUUUUACACUUAGCUGUGUCAGAUGAGGAUGCAUCUGCUGAUGUGAAAAGUUACAGCCCACAGGCAGAGCUUGGUACAGCCUGCAAGGAUGCUCAGGGUCCUGAAAGGGAGCCCAGCGCUGCAGAAGAAAGAGUUAAAUUGAGUGUGGGAGUUGCUUGUAAGGGUGAGCAGUCUGCUGUUUCAGGUUCUUCGUUUGUAAAUGCAGUGUGUGAGGCUGGAAAAGCAAAUGAAGGAAAACAUAUUGAGCCUUUAGAACUGAAGGAGACAACUGAAGCAGCUCGAAGUGACAUUGGGACAGAGAAUCCUUCUCCAACCAGUAGCACUGACAUAGUAAAGCAGGGCCUUGUGGAAAACUAUUUUGGCUCUCGAAGCAGCACAGAUAUUUCUGAUAUCUGGCCUCUGGACAGCAGCAAUCCUGUUAGCCCUCAGAAGGAAGCAUAUGAAAAACAAAUGAUGUGCUCUUCCCAGCAAGACGAGGAAGAGGAGGAAGAGGAAGAUCAAGAAAUGAUUGAAAAUGGGUAUUAUGAAGAAACAGACUACAGUCUGUUAGAUGGAGCUUCCAGUGCUGAGCAGGGUCAUGGCUCAGCAGAAGACAGACCUCUCAGAUCUGAAAGGAUUGACAGUGGGCACCUGCCAGAUGGAAUCAGUGUGCCUCCUGUCUGUGCUCCUGGCUGUCUGUCUUUCCCUUCUUCUCUGAGAGACUCUCCUUGCAGCGUGAUCUGUUCUGCACGUAGUAAGUCUGAUGCAAUUACCCAGCAGCCAGGCAGCACGUACUACAGCUCAGCCUCAGCUGCUUCCUGGUAUGAGAGCUCUCCAGAACCUCAAAUGUUAGCUUUCCAGCAGGCUAAAGAAGAAUUGAAACAACUGAAGCUUCCUGGAUUUAUGUACAGUGAUGUUUUCAAACUGGCUUCUUCAAUACCUUAUUUCAGUAUGGAAGAGGAUGACUGCUCAGAAGAAGGAAUACAUCUUAUAGUCUGUGUCCAUGGCCUUGAUGGUAACAGCGCAGAUCUAAGAUUAGUGAAGACUUACAUUGAGCUCGGGCUGCCUGGAGGGAGGAUAGAUUUUCUCAUGUCUGAAAGGAAUCAGAACGAUACCUUUGCUGAUUUUGAUUCCAUGACAGAUCGCCUUUUAGAUGAAAUUAUACAGUAUAUACAGAUUUAUAACCUAACCCUGGCAAAAAUCAGCUUUAUUGGACACUCCCUGGGUAAUUUAAUAAUCCGUUCAGUGCUCACAAGACCUCGAUUUAAAUAUUACCUCACCAAACUCCAUACCUUCCUGUCUCUGUCUGGACCACACCUCGGUACCCUCUACAACAGCAGUGCUCUUGUGAACACAGGACUGUGGUUUAUGCAGAAAUGGAAGAAGUCUGGGUCUUUAUUGCAGUUGACCUGUCGAGACCAUUCAGAUCCACGCCAAACCUUCCUCUACAAACUCAGUAAAAAAGCAGGUCUUCAUUACUUCAAGAACAUUGUGUUGGUUGGAUCUCUGCAGGAUCGUUAUGUUCCUUAUCACUCAGCUCGCAUUGAGAUGUGUAAAACAGCUUUAAAAGAUAAACAAUCAGGACCAAUUUAUGCCGAAAUGAUCCAGAACCUGCUGCUGCCAGUUCUGCAGAACAAGGACUGUACCUUGGUUCGUUACAACGUGAUUAACGCCCUGCCCAACACGGCAGACUCUCUGAUCGGCAGAGCCGCGCACAUCGCUGUCCUGGAUUCAGAAAUCUUUUUAGAGAAAUUCUUUCUUGUUGCUGCCCUCAAAUAUUUUCAGUAAACAAAAAAACAAACAAACAAACACAAGCAUUGU